GAGAAAGCAGUUUUAUGGGUGGAAGAUACAAAAUGUAGUAUUCCUAUGUUACUGGAUAAAGAUCGUGAUGUCUAUGUUGCUUUUGGACUAGGCAGAGCGCGAAAUAAGAAAGGAGAACACCAAAUGAUCUCAAUUGUUUAAUAGAUUGUCUUUGAAACAAAAUGUUUUCUUAUGGUAAUUAUGGCCUACAUUGAAACACAUGCCAAGUGUUUAUAUUAAAGCAAAAUAUGAAAGAAAACAGAGAAGUAGCGGGCACCGUUCCAGGCAAUAGCUAUAGUUCGAAGAUAACUCGGAAAGUAUGGAAAAGCCUUUACGUGCUUUAAACGGGUUGGAGUUAUCAUGUCUCAAUAAGAAAUCGUUGGAAUGUUUACCUGACGAUGUUUUCGCUCGGAUUUUAUCGUAUUUACCGAAGAUCUUACUCGUUCGCCUUUCUAUUGUGAAUUCGCGUUGGUAUCGUAUUUGUUACGAUGCUUCUCUGUGGCGAAAUAUUUGUGUACCAUUUGAUUAUCGACAUAAUUUUAGUGAUCGUACAUUAAUGAAAUUGACUGCUUACAGUCGCAAUGUGAACAAGCUUUGUUUUGUCGAAUGUGUUAAUCUUUCUGACGAUUCAUUAUGCUUUAUAUCCAAACAUUGUCCAAACAUGAAGAAAUUACAGCUUUGUGGUUGUGUUCAGAUCACUGAUAUUGGCAUGAUGCAUAUCGCCCGACGUUCUACAAAACUCAGAAAGUUAGGAAUAGCGAAGACUAAAAUCACUAAUAAAAGUUUAAAUGUACUACUUCAAAACAAUCUAUUCCUCACUAGUCUCGAAGCAAGCACACAAGCCUGUACUGUUGACACAUUCAAAGCGUUGAAACGUUGUAAGAAUUUCCAAAAGCUCAAAGUGUACGAAAUCUCAGAAGAUGUAUUGGUGAAAGAUGACCACAUUUAUUUGGACGAUGAAAUGCUAGACGCAAUCGGGAAAUCAUGUCCUAAUUUGACGCAUUUAGCUUUAAUUUAUGAUAAUGUUGAGAUUACUGACUCAUCUGUUGGAGCGCUCGGUAAAGGAUCUCCGCUACUUCGGACCGUUGAAAUUGACAGCUGUCCUUUUGUAGGCGACGAUGGUGUUCGUGCUUUGCUUGAAAAUUGUUCAUUGGAACAACUUCACCUUGGAGAAAGUAAGAUUACCGAUGCUACCUUGUGUAGAAUAGCAAAAUAUUUACCAAUGAUCAGGAGCUUGAAGUUAGAACAUAGUGAUAUUACAGAUUUUGGCAUGAUUCAACUAUUGGAACAUUGUAAAUAUCUAGAGGAACUAAGUGUGGGUGUCAAAGAACCUGGAAACAUAACGGAUAUUACUGCCUGUAUCAUGUGUUGUUAUUCUGGAUCGUAUUUAUGCUCAUUGGAGUUUAAUUCCUGUGCCAUAAGUGAUCGUGGAUUGAGUAUUUUAGCGAAUAACUCCAUUCUGUUGACAUCAUUAUGUUUGAAAUCGUGUACUAAGAUAACGUUUGAUGGUCUAAUGUCGUGUUUGAAACAUUGUCAAGGCUUGCAGUUGUUGGAUGUUUCUUUCUCGGGACUUGUUAAAAGCACUGAACACCUCAUGGAUAUUGCUUCUAUCUUGCCUAACCUAUGUUCACUGGCUGCCGUAGAUGUCAACUGUAUGUCUGAUCAAGAUUUGGAACUGUUCCAUUCUCUUUAUCCACUUGUUGAAGUGCGUCUUUAACGUUGAGGACUGUGUACGAGUCGAAAGGGUUGUGAGCUAGUGCCGUAUGAUUGUCAUCUAAAUGUGUGUUGUCGUGAAGUGGACUCGCGAAAGUCUUUGAAGUUCUUCCUUAAAAAACGUUGCAUGCAUUUCAGCUCACCUGUGAGAGAAAUAGAAAAUCACUUGUAUUAAUCACGUGUUUUAAAUUGAAAUAAAUCGUCAUAGUAAAUUAAA